UAGUUAGUUACCUUUAAGUGCUUCAGUGCUGACACACGGUGCUGCUCCAACCACUCGUUGCGACACCGAAGUGUAGUCGACAGCUCGUUCAACUUUUGCUGGACCUCAAACCAACGACAGAUUUCGGAGGAAAGAGCUACAAAUAUCUCAUAAAGAUGAAGGGUUUACUCCUUAUUGUAGCUGUCUUGUUCUUCAGCGGGCUUAGUCAGGCCUGUUGCCCGCCAUACUGGUCCCAGUUCCAGGGCACGAGAUGCUACCGCUACGUUGGACUCUCGAUGACUUGGUUUCAAGCCCACGAGUACUGCUACAACCUCAGACCAGGCAAGUCCUUCCUUGUGACCAUCAACAAGGAGGAGGAGGCCGUCCAUGUCCAUAAGAUCUUCGAGGAGAACGGAGCUCACAAGCACAGUUACUAUUGGAUCGGCCUCCGAGACUUCCACAAGAACCAGAGGAGGUUUGAAUGGGACGACGGGACCCCCUUCACAGAGAGUAGCUACAGCUUUUGGAACCCGGGCGAGCCAAACAACUACUCUGAUUUGGACUGCGUCCAGGUGUACCGGUCCAACCGUCGCUGGUAUGAUUAUAGCUGCACGGCCGUAAGGCGCCCCUUCAUCUGCGAGAUGAGAAGGGACUAAAUAAUUCACCUACCCUGCACGUGCCUCACUCUCAUCAAUUCAUUUUACCACGUUUGGACAUGAUAAUCCUUCUCCUCGCUAGUGUUACAACAGUUGAUCCCAGGUAAACUGUACUUUGGUUAUGAAGUAUAAUGAUCGUCACGAUGCCAGAAUGGGAAGAAUCCCAUGCAACAAGACAAGAAGACAACUGCUUCCACAUCUCACCUUCAGUUGGAUGUCUCGGUUCGCGUAACUAUACAGUGAUACUUGUACAUGAUUGUGAUAGCAUUACCGGAACACUCAGAUGCAUCAUGAACACCACCUUCGAAAGCUUCCCGAAGUAAACUUUUUCUUUGCGAUAUUGGUUUUCAAAGGGUGUUAUGCUCCUCUCAUCUUUUCGGAUAGUAUAUACAUGUACUCUAAAUAUAACAAACAUUUAAAAAAAGAGUGGGAAAUAAUCAUUUUAAACUGUUGAUCUGCAUUACUCAAUUCAAAGUGAUUGACUAUGUCUGUUGUGUUUUAUCUCAUCAGUAACAUGCAUUGAAAUGAUGACCUUGUACGAUGUUAAUAACUCUGAUUUAAGUGGAUUGUCAAAUUCAGUUGUGUUCUCGUUGUACUGUUCUUUUUCCACCAUAUAAUAGUUCGACUUUUUUCAUCGAUAUAAUGAACUGUCUCAAAUAUUUGAAUAAACACAAUUUAAUUGUAGACAGCACCGGGAACUUCACGUCUUUCACAUGUGGUAUCUUUUCCCAUUUUUGAUCCGACGUUUAUUCUCCGACUAGAAAUAAUAAGUAAUUUCCAAGUGCACUUUUGCGAGUCAAAACAGUUUACAGCCUAGAUUCGGUGUAGUUGCGAUAGGGUGGUAUAAUUUUCUGUUUUUAAAGCAACUUUGGUAGUGUACUUGAAAAGCACUUCUGACUUGAAUUUAAACAUCUGAACGCAUAGUUGGUAAAAAAACGCAAUCGUUAGGUAUUUUCUAUGAGAAGUUAUAUAAGAUUUUUAUUGCCAAGGACAGAUAUAGCCCCAGCCUUUUCCUGUUCACAAAACCUAACCUAUUACCUUUACAGAGUAAUGUCAAGAAUCGGACCAGAACAUAUAACGUAAAGUAAAUUUCAAUGUUGCUUACUUUAUUCAUGUAAUUCUAGCGCGCAAUACGCAACGGCAAUAAAUUCUUGGAAAGGUGAUAUUAGUGCAAAGUU